AAAAUUUAAACCAUUUUUCCGCCGAUGUGGUGUUUGUAAAUUGUACCGUCUUUAAACCUUCCGCCGCUGCUGGCUUUCCGUGCGCCACCGCGAGGGGCGGACGAUAUGGUAAAUCUUGCCUCCCAAAUCAGCCGCCUCUUAAUCCUCCGUCGUCACGACGCCCUCAGAAGCCUCUCUUUCACUUUCUCCGGCCACCUCGUGGACGCAGUGCUAAAAAAUCUCAAGCUUCAUCCAGUGGCCGCGCUUCACUUCUUCCAUCUAGCCUCCAAAGAGAAUCACUUCAGACCUCAUUUCAAAUCCUACGUCAAGAUCGUCCAUAUUUUGUCAAAUGCCCGAAUGUUUGAUGAAACGCGGUUGUAUUUACGUGGUCUCGUGGAGCUGGCGGAGAGGGACAAUCUUCCUGUUUCUCUGAUAUAUGAUGAAUUGGUGGCUGUUUUUAGGGAAUUUAGGUUUUCUGGAACUGUUUUUGAUAUGAUGAUGAAAACUUAUGUGGAGAGGAGGCUGGUGAAGAAUGCCUUGUACAUGUUUGAUAAUUUGCCUAAAUGUGGUCGUGUGCCGAGCUUGCGAUCGUGUAAUGGUUUGCUGAGCUGUUUAGUUAAGGACAAGGAUUUUCAUGCCGUUUCUUGUGUUUAUGAUCAGAUGAUAAGAGUUGCGGUUGCUCCGGAUGUGUAUACUUGUGCCAUAAUGGUGGAUGCUCUCUGUAAAGAUGGCAGACUUGCUAAAGCACUGGAGUUUGUGGUAGGCAUGGAGAGUAUGGGAUUAAAAAUGAAUAUUGUGGGCUAUAAUAGCUUGAUCAAUGGGUAUGUGGAGAAGAGGGAUAUGCAGGGGGUGGAGAAAGUGCUGGAGUUAAUACGUCAGCAAGGAAUUUCCAAGAAUUUGAUAACUUAUACACUGUUGAUUAAGGGUUAUUGUAAAAUAGGGAACCUUGAUCAAGCAGAUAGAAUAUUUAGAGAGAUGAAGGGAGAGACUGGACUCACAUUAGUUUUGGAUGAAAAGGUGUAUGGUGUAUUAAUUGAUGGAUAUUGUCGUAACGGAAGACUGGAUGAUGCUGAGAGAGUUAAGAAUGAGAUGCUGAGUUUGGGAUUGGGAAUGAAUAUGUUCAUCUUCAAUUCUUUGAUUAAUGGGUACUGCAAACUUGGUCAACUUCGUGAAGCGGAGCGUGUUAUAGUGAGUAUGGUUGAAGCUAAUUUCAAACCGGAUGGUUAUAGCUACAAUACGUUAUUGGACGGGUACUGUAAAAGAGGGAUGAUUGAUGAAGCACUUAAGCUUUGCCAUCAAAUGACUAGUGAUGGUGUACGUCCAACAAAUAUAAGUUACAACACUCUGUUAAAAGGUUUAUGCCAGUAUGGUGAUAUGAACGAUGCUUUGUCGUUGUGGGAAAUGAUGCUCAAGAGAGGUUUGGUUCCUGAUGAAGUUGGAUUUAGUACACUUCUCCAUGGUCUUUUCAGAAAGGGAAACUCGAAUAAAGCUUUCACAUUGUGGAAACAUGUUUUAGCAAGGGGCUAUGCAAGAAGUACUAUUCUGUGCAAUGCAAUGCUCAAUGGGCUAUGUAAAAUGGGAAUGAUGAUUGAAGCAGAGCAAAUUCUUGAAAAGAUGAUAGGAAUGGGUUGUUCACCAGAUGCGAUGACCAAUAGAAUCUUGAUUGAUGGAUAUUGCAGAGCUGGAGAUAUUAAAAGAGCUCUUCAAAUUAAAGAUGCCAUGGAGGCAGAGGGAAUUCCUGCUUCGCUUGAAAUGUAUAAUUCAUUGAUUCAUGGAUUAUUCCAAGCUGAGAAAUCAAAUGAAGUAUCAGAAAUUCUUUCUGAGGUCCAUGCAAAAGCACUGAGCCCUAAUAUUAUUACUUAUGGAGCACUGAUAAGUGGUUGGUGUAAAGAAGGGAACCUGAAGAAAGCUUUUGAUGCUUAUUUUGAGAUGAGAGGCAAAGGAAUUUCCCCAAAUGUGUAUAUAUGCAGCACAAUCAUCAGUGUGUUAAACAGGCUUGGUCGGACGGAUGAAGCAAAUAUGUUGGUACAGAAAAUGGUAGAUUUAGAUGUUGUCCCAGACCUUAAACAUUUUUACCAGUCUUUUAACUUCAACAGACUUCAGACAGAAACACAGAAAGUUGCAAAUUCCCUCGAUGAAAGUGCUCAAAGAUGCAUCAUUCCCAACAACAUUCUAUAUAACGUAGUUAUAUCUGGCUUAUGCAAAAGUGGAAAGACUGACGAUGCUAAAAAAAUUAUCAGUGAUCUGUCGCAAAGAGGCUUCACUCCAGAUGAGUUUACAUACUCAACCCUUAUCCACAGCGCUUCCAUUUCGGGUGCCACUGACGAAGCUUUUCUUUUACGGGAUGAGAUGCUGAAAAAGGGUAUUUCUCCUAAUAUAGUAAUAUAUAAUGCUCUUAUAGGUGGCUUAUGUAAAUCAGGAAACCUUGACCGUGCAUUAAGGCUUUUCCAUAAACUUCACAUCAAAGGCUUAGCUCCGAACCUCAUCACCUAUAAUAUAAUAAUUGAUGGAUGUUGUAAGAGAGGUAGCACCAGUGAAGCCCUUAAACUUCUGGGGAGAAUGAUAAAGGAAGGGGUUGCUCCUUCAGUCAAAACAUAUUGUGCAUUUCUCAGUAGUCUUUUACAGCAGGGAAAUGUGAAAGAAUACCGAAAGCUUUUAGAUGAAAUGCACAAGGAGGGCCUUGCCACGGACUCUAUUAGGCAUUGCAGAUCAUUUGAAGAUGUUACCGUUGCUGUUGAAGCACUGAGCUGAGCUUAUGACUGAUACUACAAGAUAUUGUUCAUAUGCCAGUCUCUCUUGAAAGAGAAGGUCUUUCAUAUACGCAACUUAGCUUCUGCAAGGCUCACCAACUGGCAACUGGCCCUAUCCUAAGGGAAAACAGUGAUAAACAAGAGCAAAUCGGGCAAACAGCUAAUUUACUAGUAGAAAAGCUUUCAAUCCAGCUGCAGCCUUCUCUUCCCCAAUUUCCAGGAUGCCCCUUAUUUCACAACUUUCCAGCUGGUCAGGGAACCACAUGAAAAAUUCAAAUUUUUUGCACCGGUUGCCUUGGUUACCAUUUAUAAAGAAUUGAGAUGUUUCAGAAUUCCAUCCCCGACAAUCACAUUACCUUAAAAAAGUCUAGUGACUAACAAAGGGGAUAUAUUUCUUCUAAAACUUUACACAUUACUCAUGGAGAAAACAGUGUUACAGUUGAUCCAGUAACUUUUAGAUGGAAAACAUUUCCCCACCCGCGGCACGAAUAUCCAAGUUAAUUAACUCUUCUGAAGGUUCAAAGGUUUAUCCUGUUAAACUUGUUAGCUGAACUUUCAUCUCCCUUUCCGGUUUAUCGAUGUUUUCCCCGAAGUUACAUGGGAUAUUUUUCUCCAGUGGAAGAAAGUGAAGGACCCGGAGUAUAAUGUAUUACUCCCUUCGUCCCAUUUCACUUGGCAUGUAUUCCUUUUCGGAUUGUCCCAUUGACUUUGACCUUUUUCCUUCUUGGGUAAUCACUUUACACUAUAUUAAAUAUGGGCCCACAUAUCUUUACACUACAAUCUUAUCCUCCUAAAUAACCAUGUCAAAAAGAAUUAGGCCAAGUGAAGUGGGACGGAGGGAAUAUUAUUUUUGGCUCGAGUAUGUAACUUAUGUUAGAAGCUUAAUCUUUGUUUCAAUCGAUUUCCCCACUGUGCAUCAUUUUUUAUUUUUGACUAGGGAAAGGGGGACGGUGGGGAUUGAACCCUUGACCACACUCUAUAAAUGGAGGAGUCUCACCAUUUGGAUGUUCCCGAAGGGACCCCACUGCAUCAUUGCUGCUGCUGAACUUCACUAGUUUUUUUCAAUUGAUUACUAUAUCACUCUUCAAUCAGACAUGUUUACACACUAUUAUCGGACGACUGUGAGACUCUCAUCAUAUUAUACAUGUGCUACUGAAACUUAUUUUAACAGCUAUCGUAAUACUGCUAAGAGCUAAGUUGGCUUGUCUUGUUUCAUUUGAAGUUAUAGUAAAAUGAGGAGAAGCUCUAAAGAGGAAGCAUAUUCAGUAAACAAUUCUUGAUUAUUCAGUUUAUGGCUAUUUUGAUUGGUUUAUUUUGUUAAUGAUUCCUGCAAGCUAUCCUGAUAGAAAUUGUCACUGAUAUAUCUUUCUAAUUAUGCCAUCACCUAAUUAUGGUACAUAUUGUGAGUCUCUGUUCUUUUAAGAAAAGAAACUGUGAGUUUCUUUAGUAUAUAAAGUGUGACUGAGUGUUUUCCGAAUGGUGUACUUGUUGGGAGUGUCAGUUCAUUUUCUAUUCUUCUUUCCUCGCCAUUCUCAGGAUCUGAUUUUGGGUUAUUUAGAAUUCUUCAGAAGGAACAUUCCGAAAGAGAUAACAAAUCACUAGGCAAUUCUGUAUACAGUCAUUUGUUUGAUGCUCGAAGAUGAGGCAUACAUCAUAUAUUUUCUCGACUGGAUCACAUUUCCAAAUAUUGUUAUGCGUACUUCAUUGUGAAAGAAUACUUGCUGAAGAAAAAUAUCAUCAUCAAUUACUGCAUAAGAGAAGUACGCCGCUCAGGGAAAUGCAGCUGUCGAGGUCCUUCAAAAUCCUCCGUCACAGACGGAAUCUGGAAGCUCGACCUUCACUUUGGUCAUCAAACAGGUGCAAUAUUUUCACUCCACUCGGUGGUGUGUCGUCCUUAGUUAAAAGGUUGGUGAGUGAACUUCUGCAUCUGUUCGUUGAUAGAUUGGUAAAUAGGAACACCGAAGUAUGUUAGUUGCUUUUCAGUGGCCUUUAAGAAGCUGAGGGACCCUCACAGUUGGUUUCGUUAAAAAUGGCUUAUUUAAUGUUAGUCUCCAAUAUGCAUGGAGGAUUGUUACCUGCAUAUCCUCAAAGAGCGCCAAAUUUGAAAGUUAAAAUAAAUAAAAUAAAAGCACUUGAUGAAUUUAUAUAUUUUAUAUGAUUAAAUGAAGCUUUCUUCCUGCGUGU